AUGCCGAAGCCGUCUCAGCCCCCACUGCUGAAGCCAGGGGAACUGCCCGGGGACGUCAGACCGAAACACUACGAUGUCACGAUCGCUUUGAAGGGUACAAGGCUGGCCUACGAGGCCCUGAAAGUCACAGGCCGAGCAAAGGCGUCACUCGAGGUCCUCAAGGCCACCUCUAAGCUGAUCCUAAAGUCCAAGGCAAGCACGAUCAACUUGGUUGGGAUAUCAGUGAUGGAAGUUUCAGCCGUGUCGGGAGAGGAGUUGAGGACAGUAAACAUCACGACUCUGCACACGAGCGACCCCCUCCUCAUCGCGGCACUCGAGAGCCCGCUUCAAGCUGGAAAGUCGUACACACUGGUCACCGAGUACGACUACGACAAACGCGAGGAAAGCGGACCAAUCUUCCUGUCGGCAGAGGUUGCCAAGAUGGACCUCAAAAAAGGCGAGGCGCACGCCGCCUUCCCGUGCUUCGAGAAAACCGGCUGGAACGUUCCAGUGGCACUUACGCUGCAGAUUCCCAAGGGACUCGUACCUGUGGCGAAUGCGCCCUUGGACGGACAGCCCAAAGAGACUGGUGGCGGGAUUACCAUCAACUUCAAGGAUACUUUGGCCAUGCCUCCGGACAUGCUUGCCUGGGUGGUAUUCCCAGCAUCUCUGAAGUGGAAUAAUGUCAUUCCAGGCAACGGUGGAGCACUGACUCUACUGGCUGAUGAAGGUUUCGUGAUUCGCCACCACGAUCAGCACACAGUGGAGAGGUCAUGGUUCCAGCUAGUGGGCUCCCUGGCCGUGUAG